UGCAUAUGGGACAAAUUAUAUAACAUUGCAACUAAGGAAUCCGAUCUGACUUUCUCAGACCUCAGCAUCACUAAUAAGCUUUCAAUUAUUUGACCCUCUUUCCUACUGAUCAAUCUUUUGGCCUCAAUCACUCUGCCUCCCUUCACAUUUUCUUCAAUAUCAUCUGUGGACAUAGAUAUUGAGACCCCAGUGAUGACUCUCCUCAAUCUAGAAUAUGCACCAGGGACAUGGAUUUUAAUCACCUUCCCAUUUUCCAUUUUCAGAUUCUUCUCUUGCUGAGCCUGGCUACCACACAAUAUUAACACUACCAUUUCCAAUGAACCAAGCUAAUUUCACUUCACCCACCUUUCUCUACGACAUUAGUUAGUCAGAUAGGGUGUAAGUGAGGCCCUCUUGUCUCAUCAAACACUAUCACCACUUUCCACCAACACAUCAUUACUCUUGCUUCCUACCUUGACCCUUAUGCUUUCUUUACUAGACCGCCAAUGCUUUCUGUAUCAUGAUCUCUCUUCUUCCUGUUUUUCCACUACCGACCAUUCACGUCCUACCAUCAACACUGACACCCAUAUUGUUCUCAAUCCAGCACAGCUGUUGCUUCACCAACUUUUCCUCCAUUCCGUGCUCACUACUCGCUGCCAUUUCCAACCUCUCGUCCCAAUUGCCUCCUCUCUUCAAUUAUCUUGGACCUUUUUCAAAAGGAGGCCAGAGAGGACUGAGGAGAGAAAGCGCAGAAGUUGAGUAGUCUAAUUGAGAAAAGGCCUGUCUCUCAAUCCCCAUCCCACCCCAGCCCAACAGUUGGAGAUAUUGCAUUAGCUAGCUAACUGCUGAGCUGCAACAUAAUUCCAAAGAAGAAGAACGGAUGAGUCGACAAGGGCAGAGAAAUACAAUAACGGUGCCGACCCGGAACUGAGUUGUUGCUUUUUAUUCGAUUGAUUCAAUUUAAAUUAAAACGAAUUCGUUGCAGAAUUACCAAGUUUGACACGAAUAGAGGAGAAGAUAACACCCGAAAGGCGCAUCUUUAGAUGUUUCUUGUCAAGGCAGGUUUACGGACAGCUGCAUUAUUUGGAGGGUGCCCUAGUGACAUUAGCUAGCUAGGCUAUGUAACUGUUUGUGACGCCGACUGACUUAUAUGUUAUUGUUAACGUUUAAUGUUUUUUUUUGUGUGUAUUCGUCCACGAUUUGCGUUUACUGGGAGUAGUGAGCGAGUUUCUCUGGAUGUAGGCUAUACCAACGAGGUUUUCUCCCAGGAUCAUCUUGCCAAAGCAGGCCAGAGUUGCUACUUUGUUUCAAUUUUUUUUGCAGUCAGUAGGCUAUCAGUGUUUGAGAAUCUCCACCUAACUUCCCCACUUUUGAUUGACUCUUGAAACAUUGUUGACCUUCUGUCACAAGCUGCUAAAACGCGGACCCGGUUACGUUGUAACCUGAAGGGCAUCUCGUUGAUAAGAAACCGUACGUAUCUGUUCUGUAACUGCUGUGACAACGUUUCGCUUUGAUAUAUAUAUAUUUUUUACUAGGCUUAACUCUAUUAAUAGGCACUCUGUAGCUAGUAAGAGUCUAAACGCCCUCGGAACUCUGUACGUUGACAUUCUGCCUCCGCAAAUCCCCCCCUGACGAGUGUGUUUGCAUUCGUGUGUCAUCACAGCACUGUCAUGCUGCUGUCUCACUCCGACCUAUGGAAAGUGUGUUUGGAGAACAUCUACAGACCCUACACGGUGGUCCUCGCCACCAUCACCGCUGCCCUGUACUACCUCUGGGGCCGUGAGGGCCAGACACCAGUCCUGGUGUGUAGCGAUGCAUUCCGUGUGUUCCUACAGAGGCACUGCCCCGUGGUGGCUGAGCCCUUCAGCCCUACUCCCUGGUGCUGGGGAGGCCGGCUGCAGACACUGGUCAGAGUGCUCAUCAAGUCCAGUCCCCAGGUCGACUACAGGAAUGAGUUGAUCAGGACGGCUGACGGAGGUCAGAUCUCUCUGGACUGGGUAGAUAACGGGGACAGCGCUGCCUACCCAGAAUGCUACUCUCGUCCCACAGUGCUCAUCCUGCCGGGCCUCACAGGGAACAGUCGUCAGACCUACGUCCUCCACGCCGUCAGCCAAGCCACCCGCCGCGGAUACAGAUGUGUGGUCUUCAACAAUAGAGGGUUUGGAGGAGAAGAACUACUGACCCCAAUGACCUUCUGUGCGGCGGACACCUCGGACCUGGAGCGGGUGGUCCUCCAUGUCAGAGAACUCUUCCCACAAGCCCCUCUGCUGGGCACCGGCGUGUCUCUGGGAGGCAUGCUCUUGUUGAACUACCUGGCUCGUAAGGGUAGUGAGGCAGGGCUUGUUGCCGGCCUCACAAUGUCUGUCAGCUGGGACACCCUGGAGUCCUGUGCCUCGCUGGAACAACCAAUCAACCGCCUGAUCUUCAACCGACACCUCGCCAGCAACCUGUGCCAAGCCAUUAACAGACACAGGAAGAUGUUGGAGACUGUGGUGGAUGUGGACCAUGUACUAAAGGCACGUACUAUCCGGGAGUUUGACGAGCGCUACACUUCAGUCUUGUUUGGCUAUAAGUCCUGUCUGGACUACUACCAGGAGGCCAGCCCAAACUACAAGCUUCCCAGGACGACAGUGCCCAUUCUCUGCCUCAAUGCGGCCGACGACCCCUUCUCCCCAAAACAUGCUCUCCCGGUGGCCCUAGCCAAGCGCCUGCCUAACGUAGCGCUGUUGGUGACGUCCCACGGCGGACAUAUAGGCUACCUGGAGGGCCUUUACCCGCGUGGGGAGGGCUACAUGGACCGCUUGUUCGGCCAGUUCAUUCAGGCAGCCUUCGAUCACCCAGGGGACCUCAAAGGGGCCUGCAGCAUCAAGGAAGAGCUUCUGGAUUGAUCUCAGACACCCUGGUCAUGUGAUUCGGUCCUGAUUGUUCUGCGACUGACCGAUUAACCUCACCGGCAUUACCACCCUCUCUUCUUUUUCAUCUCAGGUGCUUAUCCGUCGACCAAUCAGACAGUUUAAUGCAAUAGACACUCUGACAUCAUGUAGGUAGGAACUUACAGACGGAUGCCUUAUAUUACUACACACAGAAUGAGAAUAUCUGGUCUUAAACCCAUAAGUUUAGUGUUUCAAAUGACUUACUGUUGAAAUGAAUCUGGCACACAAGCCGUCACCCUACUCUCCGACGGUGUCUCGGGGUGAUUGGGAUAUGCAAAAUGACACAUCCAUUCACCCACACACUGUACAGAUUACACACUUGUACAUGUGUGAAACAAGACAAAUAUAAGCACCCCCCUCUAUUUGAGUUUUUGAAUUUCACCCUUACUACUUCCUGUCAUAAUAAAUCACAUUGGCUUAGACGAUGUAAACAAGGACAUGAAUAGAUCACUCGCAUUCAGUCUUCAAAAAGACAAGAAAGGGAAACGUUCAUUUAAAAUAUUUCGCCUUGAACUGAUGUUUAAUUAUGACUUAAGCAACUGAUUAUGUUAGAAGAAUACACUUAGCUUAUCACACAACACACAAAUACUGGAAAAACUUGAAUGAAAAGUUUAUUUUAAUCUUGUUUUUAAGCUACUUGGGUUUUAUUCUCAUAUAUAUAUUAGUCAUGUGAUUGUAAUUGUGGUUAGCAUACACAAUAAAAAUACAUGGAAAUGUCUAUGUAUAACGUAUUUUAGUUAAUACUUCUAUAUCAUGUUGGUCAAGUAAAUUUAAAUUUAGGAGAUAAUUGAAAUUUCAGUUAAGUGGAAGUGCAAUUUAUUUUCAAUUAGGAUUUUUUUCAUUGAAUUGGAAUUUUGAUUCACAUCCAGAUUUGACUGAACUGAAAUUGAAUUUUGACCUCAUCUGAUUCCACCACAAAGAGAACAGAUAAAAUAUUUUGAACAUGAAGGAAUGUUGUUAUAAAAUAUACACGGUAUGUAUUACGUAUCUGUGUAAAGGCUAUAUCGGAGAAUGUAUCAAAUGCAAGCUGUCUAAGACUUGCCUUACCGUUGGUCGUAUCUCAGCCCGGACAGUGUGUUUGACAAAGUAGUAUUUUUAUCAUCAAAAGUGUUGGAGAUUGUUUUUGACUUUCUUGCAACAUCCAAACCCAAGUUGGUAGGUCUAUGAUGAAGUUUUUCACAAUUCCAUUUCAAAACCAUCUGGGAUUUCCCACACAUUCCACAACAUAGUUGUGUAUACGUUCAUGUGCAUGAUAUGACACAGAAAAUCUAUAUCUUUAUUUGCCUAUAAAUUACUGUACACAUAGGCUAGACAUACAAAAGUAAAGGAGAGCAAAUUGCUAUCAGAAAUGUAUGCUGGCUGUCCUCUUGGUUUACAAAUACAAGUGUAAAAUCCCCGAUUGUUUCAUUUGGACCAGUACCACUAUACUAGCUAUGCUAUUUUAAAUACAGCCUAUGUUUGAUAAUUAUUCUUGUGAUUUUUGGUUGUUUAUUUGAUUUGCAGUAUUUUGUUAAACUGAGGAUGCACACAUAAAGCUCUGAGAUUGUCUAAAUUAUAAUCAAAUUUAAGAUGCCGUGUAAGCUCUGACCUUUCCCAAGGACUAAACUAUUUAAUUUCGAUGUGGGUCCAAGGGUGAGUGACAACUCAGUGGUUUAAACCUCGGGAAAGCUCACAUUUGAUUUUAUUUCUUUGUUCUGGACGAUUGUCUCACGCUUUGACUUGUUUGAAAUUUGCACACAAUUGUAAAAGUUUGAGUAAAUCUGUUUUAUGAUUAUGGACUAUACUGUACAGAAUGUCUUGUGGUUAUGUAACAGUUAUCGGUAAUAUUGCACAAUGUGUGUCAUGACAAUGGAUCAACUAUGUCUGUCUGUUUGUCUAUCUUGCACUGAGUCACUGACUAAAGUAGUUACGGUAAAACAGGAAGAUGGUGUGAUGUUGUUUUUAUGACGCUGCCAUGACGAUCACCAGCAGUACCCUCCUCUCCCAUCACCACCCUAUUAACUCUUAUACAUGUGUUAUUACUCAGUAAUAACAGCCACUGGGACAAGACUGCCUGGACCUUGUGGGGGAAGGCCCAACAUACACCACUAUACCUGCUGCACUGCAAUGAUAAUGUGAUUGCAAUAAUAAUCUAUUGUAACUUUUUUGUGACCUUCCAUUGUUCUUUUCUGUUGUUACCAUGCCGCUAAUUUAAAUAUUUUAUCUGUAUUCCUUAAUAAAAACAAAAACAGUUGUUA